AUGCUCAAAUUUGUGUUCAAGGGCCGGGCCCCUGGUCGAGACGUAGCCCCAGAUGACAUCAUCAUCACACUCCAUGUUACAUGGGGUUGGCCCUCUCUAGAGGAGAGUCUGGGGAGUGUGUCUGAGGACCAGGGAUCCUCCAGCCAGAGGUGGAGUAGGUGGCUGGCCACCCCCAGGCCGGUUGCCCCGAGCUGGGCCAGUGACGACCGCCAUGGCCACUACAAGGACCAGGAUAACCUAUUGACUGAGGAGAGACAUGACAACAGCUCCCAGAUUGAAGACAUGAACCAUAGCUACUACACAUCUAAGAUCUAUGGGGCUACAGAGACUGCUGGUAAAUAUCUGUGGGUGGACAUAGAUCAGCUGGACCCAGGGAAGGGGAAGAUCCACGGCCUGCUGUCCAACACACACAGACAAGCAGCGAGUGUUCAUCUGUCCUUUGACUUCCCGUUCUAUGGUCACAUACUGAGAGAAAUCACAGUGGCAACUGGUGGUUUCAUCUACACAGGCGAUGUCAUCCACAGGAUGCUGACGGCCACUCAGUACAUCGCCCCUCUGAUGGCCAACUUUGACCCCAGUAUGUCCACAAACUCCACCAUCAGUUACUUUGACAACGGUACAGCCUUGGUAGUCCAGUGGGAUCAGGUUCACCUGCAGGACAGUGUCAGUCAAGGCCCAUUUACCUUCCAGACCGCUCUGCACAGCGACGGACGCAUCGUCUUCGCCUACAAAGAGGUUCCCAUUGACAUCAGUGAGAUCAGGUCAGUGAACCAUCCUGUCAAAGUGGGCCUCUCAGACGCAUUUGUGGUGCUUCAUGAGAUUGAGCAGAUACCCAAUGUUCGCAGGAGGACCAUCUAUGAGUACCACAAAGUGGACAUCCUCAAGUCCAAGAUCGCCAACUCUACAGCGAUUGAGAUGCUUCCUCUGCCCACUUGUCUUCAAUUCUCCAGCUGUGGACCUUGUGUGUCAUCUGAGAUCGGCUUCAACUGCAGCUGGUGCAGCAGACUGCACAGGUGUUCCAGUGGCUUCGACCGGCAUCGUCAGGACUGGGUAGAUAAGGGCUGUCCUGAAGCGAGGAAAAACCAGAGCUGUGUUCAGAUGGUUCACACCAACACCACAACACCUUACAAUGUGCCUAACGCUCACAAUACAACCACUCCAGUUGCCAUGACAAGAACAGUGCCACAGCGGACUACCACCUCCAUCACCACAACUACCUCCUCUACCACCACUACCACUACUACAACCAGAGCCAGACCCAGCACCACUGUCACCACUGCCCUCCCCUUCACCAGUGCUCCUACGGUGGCUGCUGAGGUGGACGAGCCAGAGGAGGAGCAGAGAGAGGUGCGCUUGCAGACUGGUCUCCUGGUGGGCAUCUCGCUGGUCAUGAUCACCAUGGCAGCAGCCGUCAUAGCAACGGUGUACAUGUACAACCACCCGACCUCAAGCGCCAGCCUAUUCUUCAUAGAGAGGCGGCCCGCACACUGGCCAGCCAUGAAGAUGAGGUUCUGCCGCAGCUCAGGGAACCCUGCGUAUGCCGAGGUGGAGGAUCCAGGGCUGGAGAAGGACGAUCUGGUGGUGAUCGACCCCAAACACAUCUUCGUCAUCUCCGGCCACGACCGCAGGGAGAGCUUCAUGGACAGCAAGGAUGGCUUCAUCGUCCCCAACCAAAGAGAACGGUUCCUGUCAGACCAUUGCUGA